AUGCUGGGCAAUCAGACUGUCAUCUCUCAUGUCAUCCUUCUGGGAUUUGGGGAGCUUCAUGAUAUGCAGAUGUUCCUUUUCCAGUCCUUUUUACUUAUCUACAUUUUUACCAUACUGGCCAAUUUCCUCACUGUUCUUUUAAUUCUGGUGGAUCAGCAUUUGCAUACACCCAUGUAUUUCUUCCUAGGAAAUUUGUCCUGUUUGGAAAUGAUGUACAGCUCUGCAAUCUUGCCUAAGAUGCUGGAUAGUUUUUUAACAGGGGAAAAAUCCAUCUCUUUCAAAGGAUGUAUUACACAGCUCUAUUUCUUUGCUUUCCUAUGUAGUACAGAAUGCUAUCUCCUCUCUGUGAUGUCUUAUGAUCGAUUUUUAGCCAUAUGUAAACCUCUGCAUUAUGCUACUGCAAUGAGAAUUACACGCUGCAUCCAGCUAGCUGCUGUGUCUUGGAUCAAUGGCAUGGUUUUUACAAUGGUAUAUUUGAUCUUCAUGUUACAGCUUUGGUUCUGUGGCCCCAAUGAAAUUGACCAUUUCUUUUGUGAAACCUUGCCAUUAAUAAAGCUGUCUUGCAGCGAUACCACUUUUAUGAAACAUGCUGUUGCAUUCUUGGCUUACACAUUCACUUUUCCUCCAUUUACAUUGACCUUUAUGUCUUACAUAUUUAUACUGAGAACCAUUUUGAGAAUUCCAUCUAGGACUGGGAAACAAAAAGCUUUUUCCACCUGUUCCUCUCAUCUGAUUGUUGUCUCAUUUUUUUAUGGGGCAAUAGCAGUUGUAUACUUGAUGCCAGAAACUGAAGGAAAGAAAAAUCCUAGUAAAUUCUUUUCUCUGUUAUACACAGUCCUUCCCUCAUUAUUCAACCCUUUAAUAUACACCUUGAGAAAUAAGGAUGUCAAAGAAGCCCUGAAGAAGCUAUUAUGUAGAUUUUGGAAGAUAAUAUAUUUUAAUCUUCAUUUAAAAGAGUAA